AUGCAACAAUCCAGGACGGGGGUCCAAACUCCUCAGAACUCUACCACCAAAUCUCUAUCGGUUGUCGAAGGGCCAACACAUCCUCCCCUCACCAAGAUUACUUUUGGCCAACUUGUCGACAAACAAGCAGAGAAGUAUGGUUCGAAAGACGCCAUUGUCGUUCCAUGGACGGGUGCUCGCCUUAGUUACGCUAACCUGAGGGAAAGGACCCAAGCUGUAGCUCGAGGCCUCCUGGCCUUGGGUGUGAAGAGAAAGGAUCACGUUGCGAUUUUGUGCGGUGAUGAUGAGAGAUUCAUUGAGCUAUUCUUUGCCUGUGGAAAGAUUGGAGCCGUUCUGGUUAUCCUCAACAAGACUUACACUGCAUUCGAGUGCGAGAGGGCAAUCCAACACACUGGCCCAACUGCCUUUUUCGUCUCAGACUGGGUCAACCACAAGAGGACAGAUGAUAUUGUCGAGCUCCUACGGACAAAGGCUUCCGCUCUGAGGCUCAAGACCCUUGUCUUCGUACGAAAUAGCACACAGCAAAUACGGCCUUUGCUAUCAUGGGAAGCUUUUCUAGAGAAAGGCAACAACAUUCCAUCCUCGGACCUUACUCGUGCGGAACACCUAGUCACUUGCAACGAUAUUGUUAAUCUCCAAUUUACCAGCGGUACAACUGGAGAUCCGAAGGCGGUUAUGUUGAGUCACUUUAACCUCAUCAAUAACGCAAAAUUCAUUGGAGAUUGCUUACAGCUGGUGCCGGAGGACGUCGUCUGUUGUCCACCCCCACUGUUCCACUGCUUUGGGCUUUGCGCUGGCAUGUUAGCCGCAGUCACCCACGGAUCGUCCAUCGUAUAUGCAAGCUGCGACUUUGAUGCCAAUGCUGUAGCCCGAGCUCUUGCUGCCGAGGGUUGUACCAUCCUCCACGGUGUACCGACCAUGUUCAGCGCAAUCAUGGCUGCCGUGGACAAACUCGGGAUCAAGGUCAACACAAUCAAGAACGGCAUCGCAGCUGGUACGAAGGUUCCGCCUACACUACUAGAACAGCUACGAGACAGGCUGGGAUUCCGCCACACUGCCGUUUGCUACGGCAUGACGGAGACCUCUCCUUCAAGCUUCAUGACGGUACCUUCGGACCCGUUAAGGAUGAACCUCGAGACGGUGGGACGGGUGCUGCCGCACACAAUGGCAAAGGUAGUCGACGGAAAGGGACGUAUCCUUCCCAGAGGAGCAAGAGGCGAGAUUGCCGUUUCUGGCUACCUUGUUCAGCAAGGAUACUAUAAGAAUCCCGUCAAGACCUCCGAGGUCAUGAUUCAAGACGAGAGCGGCAGGAUCUGGAUGCACACUGGCGAUGAAGGUUUCUUCGACGACGAUGGAUACUGUACGAUCACUGGGCGUAUCAAAGAUAUCAUCAUCCGCGGCGGCGAAAACAUUUACCCGCUUGAGAUCGAAGAGCGGCUUCUGGAGUUUCCCGGCAUCAUUCAAGCAGCGGCAGUUGGAAUUAGUGACGACAAGUACGGCGAGGAAAUUGGCGUGUUCCUGCAACUGGCUCAGGAUGCGAUCAAACCUUCCCUUCAGGAGAUUAGGGUUUGGAUACGGUUGGUGCUUGCUCCACAGAAAGCUCCAAGGUAUCUCUUCUGGGUCGGCCCUGGAGAGGCAACAAAACAAUUCCCUGUGACUGGGAGUGGGAAGAUCAGAAAGGAUUCGUUAAGAAGCAUCGGCGAGAAGCUAAAGGAGCAAUUGCCGGAGAGACGGUUGAAUAAAUUGUAA